GUUGCUACUAAUUUGUGAAAAGGUAACAUUAUCAAACUUUAAUAUCUGUUUUUACAACUUUUUAACAGAAAAGCCCUCCAGGGGAUGUACGCUCUGGAGAUGGUGAUAGCGCAAGUCUGCAGAAGAGGUAAAGUUUUAUAACAAUCCUAACUUGUUUCCACAUAGUUUUAAUUUAUCAGAUUUUAUUUUCCUGUAACAAAUGACUUGGACACCCACAAAUUUGACAUUUUCUGCUUAUUUUUCUGAUAUCAGGCUACAGAGAGAGGCAUGGUCUUCAAUUUCCACCACAACCCCUGAUACCAGCGAGGCUCCCAAGACUAGAAAAACCUCCUUCUGGCAACGCUGGUCUCUUCAUAACAAGAUAAGCCCUCAAAGUGAUUUACGCUCUGGGAAUGGCGAAAGCUUAAGUCUUCAGAAGAGCCAGCAGACAGAAGCAUCAUCUCCUUCUACCAUCACAACCAGCGAGGCUCCUAGAACUAGAAAAACCUCCUUCUGGCAUUGUUGGCGUCUUCUUAACAAGAAAAAGCAGAGCCAUCUCCAACAAGAUGUGGACGCGGUCACAAUCCAUUCACCUUCAGUGACAGAAAUGAGUUGUUGCACAAGUGAGAAGUCUCAGGGAGGAGAGACUGGUGUCGAGUUCAGGGCCUCACCUGUUCUUGACAGUCCUGUCUCUGCUCACCAUGAGCCGCAUCUCCAAGCAGUCCCACAAUGCUCCACCACUAUACAAUGCACUGGUGAUUUUGGGGAUGUCGAAGAUGGAGGACUGGAUGGUUUUCCUGCAUCUUCCAGAGAAGGAGACUCCCAAACUGGCCAGAACAGCAGAGUGGAAGAGACUGUCUUGUCCUCUACUGCCACAGCACAGAUCAUAAACAACCAAGAGGACUGCAAAGAAAGCGAGGCUGAUGUCCAAGACAACAUCCAACCUGCGUCUGAAAGUCAAGACAAGACUCCCGAGAAAGAUUGGUAUGAAAACUGUCUAGUCUGGAUUCAGGAUGUUUGAAUAGAAUCAUGCAUAUGCACUUACACACAAUUUCUCUGUUUCAACACUCAAUAUAUAUUUGACCUCCCUUAACUAUCACAAAAUAGUCUGCUGCAGAAUUAAAAACUAGGUACUUGGCAUAUUAUGGUCUGCAUGUUUACGUAUUAAGAAUGUUGUGUAAUUACAGAGGUCUGAAUGUAUUUGCGUUCUCUUUCC